CUACCAAGUGACAAAUUACAUUUGACAAUAAACUUCACAAUCACAAUCCACAUGGAUAUUUUAGUGCAAAAUAGAUUUAGAUAGUUAAUUUAGAAAUAUUUUUAAUAUACGGAAGAGUUGUUGUAAUAUUUGAGCAUAAAUAAUAUAUAAAAAUGUCGGACGGACAGUUCAGUGAUUAUGAAGAAGAUUUGUCAACUAAGGUUAAGUCAGUGAGAUUUUCAGAUGUGCCCCAAAUAAAAAACUUGAGUACUGACGAUGAUGAUGAUUUUGAUUCUGAUGAGUACUUUCACGACUCAGAUGAUCCAUCGCAAGGUGCACAGAAAAAACAGAAUAUCAACUCGCAAGCUCCAUCCAACAAGGUGACCACAUACCAACCAACAGAAAAGUUAUUCAAGAAGUAUGUGCAUAAAAUAAAUGUUGAUAAAUAUGAGCCUAUGUCAAAUAACACUGAGAAGUUUCUAGAUCAAAAUGACAGAAAAGUUAUAAAUGAAAGAAUUAGAAUAAAGGAUAAACAUGAUCGGGCCACAGCUGAGCAGGUUAUGGACCCUCGGACGAAAAUGAUUUUAUUCAAACUAUUGAAUAGAGGCAUUAUAAAUGAAAUAAAUGGUUGCAUAUCUACUGGAAAAGAAGCCAAUGUUUACCACGCCAGCUCUAAAGAUGGACGAGAUUUAGCUGUAAAGAUAUUUAAAACAUCAAUCUUAGUGUUUAAAGACAGAGAUAAAUACGUUUCAGGUGAAUACAGAUUCAGGAAUGGGUAUUGUAGAUCUAAUCCUCGUAAAAUGGUUCGUACAUGGGCUGAGAAGGAAAUGAGGAAUUUGGUGCGAAUGUACAAUGCAAAAUUAAAUGUACCCGAACCAAUUAUUUUAAGGAGUCAUGUGUUAGUAAUGACUUUUAUGGGUGAGGGAGGCUGGCCUUCUCCGAAAUUAAAAGAUGUUGAUAUUUCUCAAUCCACUGCCAGAUCUUUAUACCGAGACUGUAUUACUAUGAUGUGGAAGAUGUACAACAUUUGUAAACUUGUUCACGCUGAUUUGUCUGAAUAUAACAUGUUGUAUCACAAGGGGAAUGUUGUUGUCAUUGACGUCUCACAAUCUGUUGAACAUGACCAUCCACAUGCAUUUGAGUUUUUAAGAAAAGAUUGUACGAAUAUAUCAGAUUUCUUCAGAAAACGUGGUGUGGCUACACUGACUGUUAAGGAAUUGUUUGAUUUUAUCACUGAUGCGAGUAUUAAUGAGAACAAUUUGGAAGAGUGCCUUGAGAAAUUAUCGGAGAAAGCAGCAGCUAGGAAUUUCGAAGAAAUGACGGCGCAAGAACAGGUUGAAGAAGAAGCUUUCAAGAAUAUUUACAUUCCUAAGAGACUAACAGAGGUAAUUAACUAUGAACGAGACAUAAAGAAGGCAAAAGAGGGUGAUACAGACGACUUGGCAUACAAAAAGAUAGCUGGCUUCAAAGAGGAUCUAUCAGGCACUGUUGACAAACCUGAAAUACUCCAAGAAGAUGAGAUAUCAAGUGGCUCUGAAGAUGGUUCUGAUGAUGAUGAUGAACAAGAAGGUUCCAAAUUCAAAAACUGUGCUCGACCACGUGACGAAUCCCCAGACAGCAAGAAAGCCAGGAAAAAGGCUAUCAAAGAAGAAAAAGCUGAAAAAAGAAAAACUAAAACUAAAAAACAUGUAAAGAAACGCCGCGACAAAGGUUUCGGUCGAAAAUAGAGCACUAUAUCAAGCGUAUAUAACCAUGUAUAUAACACAUAAAUAAAACUAUAUUUGCUAAAA